GCCGCCGCGUCGCUUCGGGGCUCGAACGGCGGGUUCGCGCUGCCUCCGCCGCCGAGGGGCAGCCCGGGGUCGCGGGGCCGAGCGAGGGGCGCGCGGCGGCGCGGCCAUGGGACUGCGCCAACCCCGGUGACAGCAGGGAGCCGAGCGGCCCAGGCCCUGAGCGCGUCUGCUCCGGGGGGCCUCGCCCUCUUGCUUGCAGGGCCGGGGCUCCUGCUGCCGUUGCUGGCGCUACUGCUGGCGGCGGCGGCGGCCAGGAUCAUGUCGGGCCGCCGCUGUGCCGGUGGGGGCGCGGCCUGCGCGGGCGCGGCGGCCGAGGCCGUGGAGCCAGCCGCCCGCGAGCUCUUCGAGGCGUGCCGCAACGGGGACGUGGAGCGAGUCAAGAGGCUAGUGACCCCCGAGAAGGUGAACAGCCGCGACACGGCAGGCAGGAAAUCGACCCCACUGCACUUUGCCGCAGGUUUUGGGCGGAAAGAUGUAGUUGAAUAUUUGCUUCAGAAUGGGGCAAAUGUCCAAGCACGUGAUGAUGGGGGGCUUAUUCCUCUUCAUAACGCAUGUUCUUUUGGUCAUGCUGAAGUAGUCAGUCUCCUUUUGCGACAUGGUGCAGACCCAAAUGCUCGUGAUAAUUGGAAUUAUACCCCCCUCCAUGAAGCUGCAAUUAAAGGAAAGAUUGAUGUUUGCAUUGUGCUCUUACAGCAUGGAGCUGAGCCAACCAUCCGGAAUACAGAUGGAAGGACAGCAUUAGAUUUAGCAGACCCAUCUGCCAAAGCAGUGCUGACCGGUGAAUAUAAGAAAGAUGAACUUUUGGAAAGUGCCAGGAGUGGCAAUGAAGAAAAAAUGAUGGCUCUACUGACACCAUUAAAUGUCAACUGCCAUGCAAGUGAUGGCAGAAAGUCAACUCCAUUGCAUUUGGCAGCAGGAUACAACAGAGUAAAAAUUGUACAGCUAUUACUUCAACAUGGGGCUGAUGUCCAUGCUAAAGAUAAAGGUGAUCUGGUGCCCUUACACAAUGCCUGUUCUUAUGGUCAUUAUGAAGUAACUGAGCUUCUGGUCAAGCAUGGUGCCUGUGUAAAUGCAAUGGACUUGUGGCAAUUCACUCCUCUUCAUGAGGCAGCUUCAAAAAACAGGGUUGAAGUAUGUUCUCUUCUCCUAAGUUAUGGUGCAGAUCCAACACUGCUGAAUUGUCAUAAUAAAAGUGCUAUAGACUUGGCUCCCACACCGCAGUUAAAAGAAAGAUUAUCAUAUGAGUUUAAAGGCCACUCAUUGCUGCAGGCUGCACGGGAAGCUGACGUAACACGAAUCAAAAAACAUCUCUCUCUGGAGAUGGUGAAUUUUAAGCAUCCUCAAACACAUGAAACAGCAUUGCAUUGUGCUGCCGCAUCUCCAUACCCCAAAAGAAAGCAAAUAUGUGAACUGUUGUUAAGAAAAGGAGCAAACAUCAAUGAAAAGACUAAAGAAUUCUUGACUCCUCUCCAUGUGGCAUCUGAGAAAGCUCAUAAUGAUGUUGUCGAAGUAGUGGUGAAACAUGAAGCAAAGGUGAAUGCUCUGGAUAACCUCGGUCAGACUUCUCUGCACAGAGCUGCACACUGUGGUCAUCUGCAAACCUGCCGCCUACUCCUGAGCUAUGGGUGCGAUCCCAGCAUCAUAUCCCUUCAGGGCUUUACUGCCUUACAGAUGGGAAAUGAAAACGUGCAGCAGCUUCUUCAAGAAGGCAUCCCAUUAGGUAAUUCAGAAGCAGACAGACAAUUGCUGGAAGCUGCAAAGGCUGGCGAUGUAGAAACUGUAAAAAAACUGUGUACUGUUCAGAGUGUCAACUGCAGAGACAUUGAAGGGCGCCAGUCUACGCCACUGCACUUCGCAGCUGGCUAUAACAGGGUUUCUGUGGUGGAGUACCUGCUGCAGCACGGAGCCGACGUGCAUGCCAAAGACAAAGGAGGACUUGUACCUUUGCACAAUGCAUGUUCUUACGGACAUUAUGAAGUUGCAGAACUUCUUGUUAAGCAUGGAGCAGUAGUUAAUGUAGCUGACUUAUGGAAAUUUACACCUUUACAUGAAGCUGCAGCAAAAGGAAAAUACGAAAUUUGCAAACUCCUGCUCCAGCAUGGUGCAGACCCUACCAAGAAAAACAGGGAUGGAAAUACCCCUUUGGAUCUUGUUAAAGAUGGAGAUACGGAUAUCCAAGAUCUCCUUAGGGGAGAUGCAGCUUUGUUAGAUGCUGCCAAGAAGGGUUGUUUAGCCAGAGUAAAGAAGUUGUCUUCUCCUGAUAAUGUAAACUGCCGUGAUACCCAAGGCCGACACUCAACCCCUUUACAUUUAGCAGCUGGUUACAAUAAUUUAGAGGUUGCAGAGUAUUUGUUGCAACAUGGAGCUGAUGUGAAUGCCCAGGACAAAGGAGGACUUAUUCCUUUACAUAAUGCAGCAUCUUACGGGCAUGUAGAUGUAGCAGCUUUACUAAUAAAGUAUAACGCAUGUGUCAAUGCCACGGACAAAUGGGCUUUCACACCUUUGCAUGAAGCAGCACAAAAGGGACGAACACAGCUUUGUGCUUUAUUGUUGGCCCAUGGAGCUGACCCUACUCUUAAAAAUCAGGAAGGACAAACGCCUUUAGAUUUAGUUUCAGCAGAUGAUGUUAGCGCUCUCCUGACCGCAGCCAUGCCCCCUUCUGCUCUGCCUUCAUGUUACAAACCUCAAGUGCUCAAUGGCGUGAGAAGCUCAGGAGCUACCGGAGAUUCUCUGUCUUCAGGUCCAUCCAGCCCAUCAAGUCUUUCUGCAGCCAGCAGUCUUGACAACUUAUCUGGGAGUUUUUCUGAGCUGUCUUCAGUAGUUAGUUCAAGUGGAACAGAGGGUGCCUCUAGUUUGGAGAAAAAGGAGGUUCCAGCAGUAGAUUUUAGCAUAACUCAGUUUGUAAGAAAUCUUGGACUUGAGCACCUGAUGGAUAUAUUUGAGAGAGAACAGAUCACUUUGGAUGUAUUAGUUGAGAUGGGGCACAAGGAGCUGAAGGAGAUUGGAAUCAACGCUUAUGGACAUAGGCACAAACUAAUUAAAGGAGUUGAAAGACUUAUCUCUGGACAACAAGGUCUUAACCCAUACUUAACUCUGAACACCUCUGGAAGUGGAACAAUUCUCAUAGAUCUAUCUCCUGAUGAUAAAGAGUUUCAGUCUGUGGAGGAAGAGAUGCAAAGUACAGUCCGAGAGCACAGAGAUGGAGGUCAUGCAGGUGGGAUCUUCAACAGAUACAAUAUUCUCAAGAUUCAGAAAGUUUGUAACAAGAAACUAUGGGAAAGAUACACUCACAGGAGAAAAGAAGUUUCUGAAGAAAACCACAACCAUGCAAAUGAAAGAAUGCUGUUUCAUGGAUCUCCCUUUGUGAAUGCAAUUAUCCAUAAAGGCUUCGAUGAAAGGCAUGCCUACAUAGGUGGCAUGUUUGGAGCUGGGAUUUAUUUUGCUGAAAACUCUUCAAAAAGCAAUCAGUAUGUUUAUGGAAUUGGAGGAGGUACUGGGUGUCCAAUUCACAAAGACAGAUCUUGUUAUGUUUGCCACAGGCAGCUGCUCUUUUGCCGGGUAACCUUGGGAAAGUCUUUCCUGCAGUUCAGUGCAAUGAAAAUGGCACAUUCUCCUCCAGGACAUCACUCAGUCACUGGUCGACCCAGCGUGAACGGUCUAGCAUUAGCUGAAUAUGUUAUUUACAGAGGAGAACAGGCUUAUCCUGAAUAUUUAAUUACUUACCAGAUUAUGAGGCCUGAAGGUAUGGUUGAUGGAUAAAUAGUUGUUUUAGGAAGCUAAAUCCACUGAACCUAAUAAAAUCAUCUAAGCAGCUGGUGGCCUCUUAAGUUCUACUCCUUCGCUGAGAAAUACCAUCUUGUCCACAAGCCUGUGACAGAAGGAUAAAAAAUGUGAAAGAAGUUUAACAUUCUGACUUGAUAAAGCUUUAAUAAUGUACAGUGUUUUCUAAAUAUUUCCUGUUUUUCAGCACUUUAACAGAUGCCAUUCCAGGUUAAACUGGGUUUGUCUGUACUAAAUUAUAAACAAAGUUAACUUGAAUCUUUUAUAGGUUAUGCAUUGAUUCUGACAGAAACUGUAAUCCCCUCCACAGAACUCAUUUUACUAAUACAGCACUGUGUUCUUUAAAACACAGCAUUUACACUGAAUACAAUUUCAUUUGUAAAACUGUAAAUAAGAGCUUUUGUACUAGCCCAGUAUUUAUUUACAUUGCUUUGUAAUAUAAAUCUACUGUUUCAGAACUGCAGCGGUUUACACAUUUUUUUCAUAUGUACUGCACAUCUGUAUUUCAUCUUGCAUCAUCAUGACUGAGUGAACUUAACAUCUGAUUCCAGAGGCUAUGGUUAAACUGUUAGCAAAGACUUUGUCAGUUGGGAAAGAUUGAUUUAUCAGAUUUAAUUAGCUGAUGGAAGCAUUUAUCUCUCAUUAGAAAUCUUUCCCAUUGAAGAACUUACUUCAUGAAGACUCUGGGGAUUUAAUUUGUGAUUACCUUUUAUGUAUAAGACACAUUCCAAAGAGCUCUAUGAACGUCCUGAUGAUUAAAGACACUUCUUUACUGGCCUCAAACUCUGGGUUUCGCAUUGGAAAAUUUUCUCAUUUCAUUUUGUGAAAGUCAGAGCAAGUGCUUUUUUAUUUCAGAGGCUGCAUCCUGCCACUGAGCAAUUAAUUACAGGAUUCUUUUUGUCGAGUGUAAAUAGGAAGUUACAUUUCAGAGGUAGGAAGAGGAAUCCUGAAUAAUUUUCCAAUCUGUUCUAAUUACCCUAAAUUGAAAGGAGAAAAAAAGGAAAUGAGAGGGGGUCAUUUUUUUGUCCUAAGUAUUUUUUUCUUGUUCUUCUUCCUUGGCCUCACUAUUACAGUCAAUCUGCACACCAUAGGUAAGCUGAACCCAGAACCAUGAAACAAAUAUAAGUGUCUCAGUUCUCUCCAGGUCAUCUUCAUGGGCAGGUGCUAUAACACGGUGCUUCCUGGUCCUGGAUAGCUUCAUUGUGACAUCACAGUCACCUGGAAAUACGCUGUGUGUGUGCACUAUAUGGUGACAGGCCUGUUGGGCAGCUGUGGAGGGAAGUGCUGUCCCGUAAAAUGCCAUUCCUGUUUUCUAAAGGAAAACUGUGUUUUCCAUGAAAUCGGCUAAAGCUUCUUGGCCCAGAGACAUGAAUUAGAGCAGUGUAUUUGUUGACUCUAGCUGCCUCAAGAGGCAAGGCAGGUUUUUACCGACUUAAGUCUCUAAGUGAGAAUGUUCCCCUUCACUCUCUGUACCAGUUCACUUUUGUUUUACAUUUUAUUCUAUCUCUAAAUUACCUGGCUCUUUGCAGUAACUUGUACAUAAAGUGCUAGAAAAUCAUGUUUCUUGUCCUAAGUAAGAGUUAAUCAGACUAAAUGCAUAUCUGGAGUUGUUUCUAUGAUGUAAAUUGUGAUCAUAUUCCUGACCUUGAAGUGCUUUUAUACAGCGCUCUAAUAAUUGCAAUUAUGAUCCUGAAGUAAUUUCUUGGAACACAAAUGGAGUAUGCCAGAUUUUAUAUAAUUUUUCAGAUUCUGGAAUCAUCCAGGUUUUAUAAUUAGGAGAUAAUGAGAUGAGUUAAUGGAGUUUAUAUUUACAUGACCAUAUCUCCCAACUUUGACCCCAUAACACUCCCCUUGUAAGUGAAUCUGGAAUUGCUUAUCAUGUAAAGUCAUCAAGGUCUCUGAGUUUAUGACUGUAGCCUGUGUUGUUUCAUCUAAUCCAUUGCUUAAUUACUGUGUUGUUUUCCUAUGAAUGAUUACAUUGUGGUUAAUAUGUUAGCAUGGCAAUAUUUUCAGAUAGCUUUUUGUUUGUUGGCUGUUUCGGGGGGUUGGGGGUGGUUUGGAGAAUUUUUUUGGAGUUUUUGCAUGAAUAUCUUACUUUAUAAUGAUGGAAUUGCUUUUUCUUUUGUCUUGUGAUUUUUGCUUUUUUUCUUUUUCUUUUUCUUUUUCUUUUUUUUUUUUUUGAAGUGAGAUUUAACUUUGUGAGUAGUACUAUUAUAUCCAUCUUGGGUGUCUUACUUGUACUGUAUCACAUUCCAUACCCUCAUUUAAUUCUUAAUAAAGUGUUUAUUUGUUUUUCUGGGUAGCAUGGUAAUUACUGGAAUAGUAUAAAUGUGUUGAAUGGUCUUUGAGAAAAUGGAUUGAGAUUACAAUAAACCACAAUUUCAGGAAAA